AUGACUGACACAGAGAUGGACCAGCUGGCAAACUUUCUUGGACACGACAUAAGAAUCCAUCGUGAGUUCUAUCGUCUCCCUGAGAAGACCCUGCAACUUGCCAAGAUCAGCAAAGUUCUAAUGGCUCUUGAGCAAGGAAGAUUAGCUGAGUUCCAUGGCAAGAACUUGGAUGAAAUUGGGAUAGCUCCUGAUGAAAAAGUUAUUGACUGUGAUGAGGAAGACGGGAGCAUACAAGAGGGACACUGUUCAUCUACUGUUGACGAACCAUCUUCAGAGGUGGCACUUCCUCCUACCGAGAGGAAUGACAUGCCGCCACCACCCAAGAGACGCAGACCACCAUCAGAUGAAGAGAUGCCUUCAGGAGCCAGUGCUGUGAGGCCUUCUUCCAAAGGUAAAAGUACCCAGAAGACACCCUGGCAGCAGACAGAGGUGCAGGCGGUGGAAAGGCACAUGCAGCGAUUCAUCACAUCGCUCACUGUACCAGCAAAGAGUGACUGUGAAAAAUGUUUGAAAGCUGAACCAGGAGCGCUUAAGAACCGCGAUUGGAAGACUGUAAAAUUUCACAUUUAUAAUCGUAUUACAGCUUACAAAAAGAAAUUCCAGUGCAAAUAA